CGCCGCCGCCGCCGCCAAGGCCAGCGGCGACGGUGUCGCAAAAGCGUCGCGACGGCGUCCGUUCUUGGCGGCCCAGGCCACUGGUAUAACCGAACGUGCUGAGGUUUGAGAACCAGUAUGGAGGCUGUCGAGGUUCUCCGAUAUUGCGGGGCUUCGAUGGGGAAGCGACUCGCCGGUGCCCCGGGCUGCUGAGCUCUCGCCGCCUGCGUCCCCGCGGCUCGCCCGCAGGGCCAUGCUGGCCUCGCGGGUGGCGCGCGCCUCGUGGGGUGCCUUGCGCGUAGCCGUGUGGGCGCCCGGAGCGCGGCCGGGCAAGGGGCGCGCCCGCGGGGCCUUGCUGCCGCCAGUGCCCUGCUGCCUGGGCUGCCUGGCGGAGCGCUGGUGGCUGCGCCCGGCUGCGCUCGGCCUGCGGCUGCCUGGGGCCAGCCCGCGGGCCCACUGCUCGGGCGCGGGGAAGGCAGCCCCCGGGCCCACAGCGGAAAAGGACGCCGCCACCGAGGCCCGGGGCGGCCGGUGGGGCCCGGCGAGCGCCGCCAGCCUGUAUGAAAACCCAUGGACAAUCCCAAAUAUGUUGUCAAUGACGAGAAUUGGCUUGGCCCCGGUUUUGGGCUAUUUGAUUAUUGAAGAAGAUUUUAAUAUUGCACUAGGAGUUUUUGCUUUAGCUGGGCUAACUGAUUUGUUGGAUGGAUUUAUUGCUCGAAACUGGGCCAGUCAAAAAUCAGCUUUGGGAAGUGCUCUUGAUCCACUUGCUGAUAAAAUACUUAUCAGUAUCUUAUAUGUUAGCUUGACCUAUGCAGAUCUUAUUCCAGUUCCACUUACUUAUAUGAUAAUUUCAAGAGAUGUAAUGUUGAUUGCUGCUGUUUUUUAUGUCAGAUAUCGAACUCUUCCAACACCGAGAACACUUUCUAAGUAUUUCAAUCCUUGCUAUGCCACUGCUAGGUUAAAACCAACCUUCAUCAGCAAGGUUAACACAGCAGUCCAGUUAAUCUUGGUGGCAGCUUCUUUGGCAGCUCCGGUUUUCAAUUAUGCUGACAGCAUUUAUCUUCAGAUCCUGUGGUGUCUUACAGCUUUUACCACAGCUGCAUCAGCUUACAGUUAUUAUCAUUAUGGUCGGAAAACUGUUCAGGUGAUAAAAGGCAGAUGAAAGUCAUCCAUCAUCAUUAGCAAGGAAGCAAUAUAUAUCAUCGGUGGCAGGGCCAGUGGAAAUCUACAGGAGUUUCCUUUUUUGGUGUUCAGCUUGAAAAAGGACUUGUCAGAACAAACCAUGUCAUCAAAAUUUAAGUAAAAUGCAUUGAAAAUAAGCUUGAUCAUGGGCAUAUGCAGAAUUUUCAAUGUAUUUUUAAAUACAAAUAAAACUAUAAUUUAGAAUUUUUUAUCUUAGGUUUCUUGAUUAAUUUAUAAGUAGCAAUUAUUCCAAUUAUUGUCAGUCAUUUUUUGAUCUGUAAAACAAAAAACAGUCUAGAGCAUGGAAACUGAAGAGUUGUCACUUUAAUAGAAUUUAGAUUGCUCACAAAGCACUAGGGAAUUUCCUGGGUUUAAAUAUGUAUCCUGUACAACUUGGCUGCACAGUUGUUUGUUUGACUUUUAGAUCUGUGCACACAUUAACAGUACAUGUGGUUAAUAUUUGAUUGUUUAGGAUAAUGACUAUAAAGGUAGCUUAGUUGUGGAUGAAGUAUACUUGUAAAGAGAUUUAAAAUGCAGUAAAUUUUGAAAAUAAUAAAUAAGAUCAAAAUAGAAGGUACUGAAGUUCAUGUUCAGAAGUCUUCCAACCUCUCAGGUGCCUAAUAGUUUAUGCAUCAGGAUAAUAAGUGACAAAGGUAGUUGAAAAAUGAAAACAUGUCUGUUACCCUAGCCAUCCAAGAGGCAGUGAGUUACAUCAUGCCUUCCCACUGUAUCUCUAACAUAACAAUGUUUGUAUGAUAUUGGGACCUGUAUUCAUAUGUUAUGUAAAUAAUAUGAAAUUAUAUUUUUCAAAGGUUUUUUUAAGCUUUGGGGAAUCUUCUUUUGUUAAGAUGUUAAAGGAAUAAAAGAGCCGGAAAAAAGUGA